AUGGUCCACCACUUGCUCCAAUUUGCCGUGCUCGCCAGCCUGUUGUCCCCAGCCUGGGCGGGCGAGCCAUACCCGGAGAGUGAAGAAGUCUGCGUCGCCGCCUGUGAACACUCUCUUGACCUACAAACUUUUAUUCCGGCCGACGAUGAUGCUGCCUACGCGCAGACCUGCACGAAUGCUCUCCAUGCACAAUCGGUGUAUGUCUGCGCCCAGAAGUACUGUGAUCAACGAGACAUUGAACCUGGGUGGGGCUUUCUUAACCAGCUCUGCGAUGAUGAAGGAUUUCCAGCACUUCCACCCCUUCAAAGCUUUGCCAAUGUCUCGACGAGUGGUGCGAAAUCUAUCAACUCGACCUCGAAGAAUAAGAAGCUCAAUACCACCGUUAUCGCCGAUGCCAAAUUCUGGAACUUGGUCCUUGAGAGCACCACGGCCCGGGCACAAGCUCGGUGGAUCAACCGCAGCCACCAGCACGCUAUCUACAUCUUCUGGGGUAUCAUCAUGGGCUUUGCCACGAUUUUCAAUCUUGGAUCCAGGUUCUCCGUCGAUCCACCAGCUUUUUCAUCACGCAUCCUUCGCCCAGUGCGAGCAAAUCUGAGCUUACCGCCUUUGUUUGCCAAGCGAACGCAAGCGGCUCCCUCGAGACUGGAAGCCCUGAUCAUAUUGGCCUUCUUCAUUCUCAGCCUCAUACUAUGCGCGGUUUCCAUCGAGCCCUACUCUGGGAGCUGGAUCUACGUCAGCUUCAAGAAAAAUACUGAUCAGGCGCAAAUACUCUCCCUCAUCGCCCGGCGAGCCAGUGAUAUGGCCAUAGCAAAUCUGGCUUUCAUUUGGCUGUUCAGCAUGAGGAACAAUCCCCUCAUCUUGAUCACAGGAUGGAGCUUUGCGACGUUCAACCAGUUUCACCGCUGGAUCGCACGUAUCACAUUUCUUGAGUUGAUCGUUCACUCGUGUGUGUUCACCAAGUACCAAUUCGUCAAGGGCGGUCUGACAAGAUACAAAUACAUAUUCAAAGAACUCGAGUGGUGGGUCAUGGCUGUCGUGGCUCUCAUCUUCUUCUCCCUUGUCUUGAUCUUGGCGGCCGCUCCAAUACGUGCCAGGUUCUACGACACUUUCCUGGUAAUGCACAUUCUUCUCGCCGUGGUAUUCUUUUCGACUUUGUGGUAUCACGUCCAGGCGCAAUUCUUCUUGCCGUACCUCUGGCCGAUCGUGGCCAUCUGGGGUCUUGAGCGGCUGCUCAGGAUUGUCAGACUCUUCAUCACGGGUGCGAAGGGAACGGUGGGGGUGUCAGUUGACGCCUCGGCUGGCUUGUUGAGAAUCGACGCGUCGAGCAUUUUUGGCAAGCGACGACCUACUCCUGGCAAUACUUACUACAUUGCAACUACAAACACGACGCCAAGCGUUGACGAGGAGAAACGGACGGACAGCACGACCGUUGAGCCGGUUUCCACAACGCCUGAACAGCUGAAUUACCGCUUCCUUAUCGCCCCGCAGAAAGGAUUUACCAGGCGUUUACAAAACUCCACCGCAAAGGACGGAAACGCUGAGAGUGAAGAGUUGCCAUAUCGUCUUCCAGUACUGUUGGAAGGUCCAUAUCAAGAGGACACGCAUGCAGUCAACUUCCAUUCCUGCAAAGAAAUCCUCCUGGUGGUUGGUGGAAGCGGAAUUUCGGUUUCGUUGUCUGCCCUCUAUAAGGCACUAUCCAUUGAUGAAGUGUCGAAUGUUACGCUGGUUUGGUCAGUCAGGCGGCUGGGCAUGAUACGCUCAGUGGCAAAUGAGGAGAUGCAGUGCGCACUUAAAGAUGCCAGGUUUACUCUUAAAGGACAUGUUACGCAGGAUCCAGCGGACGAAGACAAGGUGGCUCCCCGUGAGCACCAAUACGACUUAGUCUAUUCAAGACCUGAUGUGGCCGCCGUGAUUCAGGAACAUGCAGCCGGUGGGAGCGGAAGACUUGGUAUCAUUGUUUGUGGUCCUAUAGGCAUGCUGACUGACGCAAGAAAGACUAUUGCCACCAUUCUGAGUAAAAACACGCGGGAGGUGGAUGUUUCAAUCGCGAGCUUUGGCUGGUAA